AUGGCGGCGGCGCUGCUGCUGCACUCCGCCCUGCUGUGCGCGGCGCUGGGCUGCGCGGGCGCGGCGCUUAUCCCCCCCGCGGCCGACGUGAAGGUGGAGGUGCUGCACAAGCCUUUCCUCUGCCACAGGAGGACCAAGUGGGGGGACAUGAUGUUGGUUCACUACGAGGGCUACUUGGAGAGGGACGGCUCCAUGUUUCACUCGACUCACAAGCAUAACAAUGGUCAACCUAUGUGGUUUACACUUGGCAUAAGGGAAGCUCUCAAAGGCUGGGACAGAGGGUUGAAGGACAUGUGUGUGGGAGAGAAACGGAAGCUAACUAUUCCACCAGCCCUUGCUUAUGGAAAAGAAGGGAAAGGAAAAAUUCCACCUGAGAGCACAUUGAUUUUCAACAUUGACCUUCUAGAAAUUAGAAAUGGACCAAGGUCUCAUGAGUCAUUCCAAGAGAUGGAUCUUAAUGAUGACUGGAAACUAUCCAAGCAAGAGGUGAAAAUUUACCUGAAGAAAGAAUUUGAAAAACAUGGAGCAGUGGUAAAUGACACCCAACAUGAUGCUUUGGUUGAAGACAUAUUUGAUAAAGAGGAUGAAGACAGUGAUGGGUUUAUAUCUGCAAGGGAAUUCACAUACAAGCAUGAUGAGCUGUAGAAAGAAAAGGGUGGCAUAAUUUUUUUGACACAAAUAGCAGUGCUUAGACUGUCUGGUUCUUGUGUCAUCUCAGUUCUGUGUUUCUGAAUUGACAGUUGCUGUUGGCAAAGAAACACUUUGUUUAUAUAAAAGAGAAUUUCUAUUCUACGUACAAGUGUUUUUAACUGUUUUAAAGUGUGAAAAUGUACCUCCUCUUAUACAGCAAA